AUGGUCACAACUCGAAGUGGUUCGCGCAAGACGCCGUCCGACGAGAUACCCCUUCUCAACGGUCACGCGAACGGGAAUGUCGAUGUGGAUGGGUCCAGCAAGCUCAAUGGCACCAGCAAGCUCAAUGGCACCAGCAAGAAGCGCCACGGCAGCACCAACGGCGUCAAUGGCCACACUGACGAGCAUGAUUCCAAACGGCAGAAGGUCGCAGAACCAGUCGACAGAACAAGAUGGCGCAUGAAGUCAGACGACGGUCGCCACACCUGGCACUACCUCGACGACGACGCGGCUGUUGCGGAGUGGCCACAGAGCUACGCGGAUAAGUGGUACCUGGGUCUUCCUCUCAACCUCCCUUCGCUCGAGCCACCCAAGGCCCCAAUCGACGCUGUGCGCAACGGCCUGACCUUCUUCGAGCACCUGCAGCUCCCCAGCGGCCACUGGGGCUGCGAAUACGGCGGGCCUUCGUUCCUGCUCCCAGGGUAUGCAAUCACAUGGUACGCCACGAAGCAGCACAUCCCGGAGAUCUACAAGAAGGAGAUCAAGAAUUAUCUCUUUGCUCGCGCCCACCCCGAAGAUGGCGGAUGGGGUCUACACAUUGAGGGCGAGUCGACGGUCCUGGGAACAUCGCUCAAUUACAUCGCACUCAGGAUCAUGGGCGUCGAGCCAGACCACCCCGUCAUGACCAAGGCAAGGGCAACGCUCCAUAAGCUCGGAGGUGCGACGCAUGCGCCACACUGGGCCAAGUUCUGGAUGGCCAUUCUGGGCGUUUGCAAAUACGAGAUGGUCAACCCUGCGCCACCAGAGCUGUGGUUGCUACCGGACUGGGUCCCCAUCCACCCCUGGCGCUGGUGGGUUCACAUACGGCAAGUGUUCCUGGGCAUGUCAUACAUCUCAUCGAAGCAGUGGUACUGCGAGGAAGACGACCUCAUCCGCUCGUUGCGGAAUGAGGUCUUUGUCGAGCCGUGGGAGAGCAUCGACUGGAAUGCCCACCGCAACACCAUCUCCCCCAAGGACAACUACCUCCCCAAGAGCUGGAUCCUCAACUUGGCGAACUGGGCGCUCGUGAAUGUGUGGAACCCGUACUUGCGCCCCAACUUCCUCAAGGCCAAGGCAGAGGCAUGGGUCUCCGACCUGAUAGACAUGGAAAUGGCCAACACGGACUUUGCGUGCCUUGCCCCUGUCAACCAACCCAUGUCCCUCGUGUGCUGCUACAUCCGGGACGGGCCCGACUCGUACACCGUGCGGCGGCUCCGCGACCGCAUGGAGGAUGGCAUAUUCGUCAACUCGGACGGCAUGAUGACCUGCGGGACAAAUGGCGUGCAGUCGUGGGACACGGCAUUCGCGAUCCAGGCCGUGGUGAGUUCGGGCCUGGCCAACGACCCCAGGUGGCGGCCCAUGCUCAACAAGGCGCUCGAGUUCCUCGACAACCAGCAGAUCCGUGAGGAGGUCAAGGACAUGGACAAGUGCUACCGGCACCCGCGCAAGGGCGGGUGGGCCUUCAGCACCAAGGUGCAGGGGUACGUGGUCAGCGAUUGCGUGUCGGAGGCGCUCAAGAGCGUGAUCCUGCUGCAGAAGGAGGCCAAGGGGUACCCGCAGCGGCUCGACGACCGGCGCAUCUUCGACGCGGUCGACACCCUGCUGACCUACCAGGACCCCAAGACCGGCGGGUGCGCGUCGUACGAGCGGCCCCGCGGCGGCGAGUGGAUGGAGAUGCUCAAUGCUGCCGAGGUCUUUGGCAACAUCAUGGUCGAGUACCUGUACCCGGAGUGCACGACGGCCGCGGUGACGACGCUCAAGCUGUUCCAAAAGCACUGGCCCGACUACCGCGCCAAGGAGGUGUCCACCUUUAUCGAGCGGGCGGUGCGCUGGAUCAAGACGGCGCAGUACGACCACGGCGGGUGGUACGGCAGCUGGGCCAUCUGCUUCACGUACGCGACCAUGUUUGGGCUGGAGAGCCUGGCGACCAUCGGCGAGACGUACGAGAACAGCGAGUCCUCGAGGAGGGGGUGUGAGUUCCUCAUCUCCAAGCAGCGCGAGGACGGCGGCUGGAGUGAGCAUUACGCGUCAUGCGAGACGAUGCAGUACGUCGAGCACCCCAGCGGCAGCCAGGUCGUCAUGACGGCCUGGUCGCUCAUCGGCCUGAUGCUGGCCGGGUACCCGGACGUGGAGCCCCUCCGGAGGGGCGCGGCGUUCAUCGCGGGCCGGCAGCAGCCGGACGGCGAGUGGAAGCAGGAGGCGGUCGAGGGCGUCUUCAACAAGAGCUGCUGCAUCGGGUACCCGAACUACAAGUUCACCUUUACGAUCAAGGCGCUGGGCAUGUUUGCGCAGCGGUAUCCGGAUGUGAAGCUUUAG